AUGUCCAGCAACGCAAUCGUAACUCCUGAUGCCGAGUACUCACCAAUAACCUCCAGAUAUAUGAGAGAUUUCGUAAACGUCAUUUAUGGUUGGGAAUGGAAUAUACGCAAUAAGGAAAUACUGAUGGAGGAUAGAGCAGCCGUUAUCAUUUGCAACCACCAAUCCGUUUUUGAUUCAACUGGGAUCAACAAUUUGUGGGUUGUGGCGAAGAAGCUUAUAAUGAUUGCGAAAAAAGAAGUUCUACUUUACACAGGUCCGUUAGGCUUAGCGGCGUAUCUUUGUGGCUCGAUAUUCAUUGAUAGAAAGAACCAGAAAGAAGCCUAUCAGAAAUUAGAAAUUACUAAGCAGAUGAUGAUUCAAGAGAAUUACAAAACAUUGAUAUUUCCAGAAGGUACAAGAAAUACAAAAUGUGAUGGCAAGUUGUUACCUUUCAAGAAAGGUGCGUUCAAUUUGGCUGUAUCUGCUCAAGUGCCGAUCAUACCUGUUGUAUUUUCACCAUACUACUUCUUUGACAAGGAUAAAUAUAUUUUCGACAAAGGUUCCACAGGCGGAGCCCUACAAUUUGGAUCACAAAUAGUGAAACAUGUAACCAAAGUAAUAGAAGUGAAAUGGCUAUUAAGAAAUGGGAAAGUAUUAGCUGAAGACCGUGGAGCUGUUGUUGUGUCUAAUCAUCAGUCUUCUAUUGACAUUCUAGGAAUGUUCAAUAUAUGGCACGUAGCAGACAAAGUGGCUGCAAUAGCGAGAAAAGAAAUAUUUUACGUGUGGCCAUUCGGACUGGCCGCAUAUUUAGCUGGAGUGGUGUUCAUUGACAGGAAUAACUCUAAAGAUGCUUACAAGCAAUUGAAAAUUACAUCUGAAGUCAUGAUUAAAAAUAAGACAAAGAUUUGGCUGUUCCCCGAGGGAACAAGAAACAAAGACUUCACAAAGCUGCUGCCGUUCAAAAAGGGCGCCUUCAACAUAGCGGUUGCUGCCCAAGUGCCAAUCAUACCUGUUGUGUUCUCGCCCUACUAUUUCAUUAAUAGAAAGAAAUAUAUCUUUAAUAAAGGCCACGCGAUUAUCCAGUGUUUGGACCCGGUCCCGACUGAAGGGCUCACUAUGGAGGACGUGCCAGCGUUAAUAAACAAAGUACGCAACACCAUGGACGCGGCGUACAAAGAACUCUCCAAGGAGGUGCUGAGCGCCUUGCCACCAAACUACCCACUCGCGACCGAUUGAACCCACAUUGCCAUCACCGGUACCACCUAAUAAUACAUUUAUAAUCAAUAUUAAGCUUUUAACUGCAGCAAGUAACGCUGACUCGUGAAAUGUUUGUACUAUAACUAUAGUGAGCAUUCCAAUCGCAAGAAAUUUGAUAUUUCUGUGAUUUUAUACUAGGAUAUUAUUUAUAUAACUUGUCUAAUUAUUCUAGAAUGUUUAAGGCACACUAUUGUGUUAUGACACGACUUUAUUUGAUGUCCAAUUUGGCAAUAAUUGUAUUCAGAUUGCUAAACUGCAUGUCACAUAAAAAGGUAAUAGGACAAGUCGCGUAAUUGCUAUCAGCACAUUGUAGUUAAUAUUUUAUUUAUGUAAAACUUGUAUGAAGUAUUAUUUUUUAUAUAAUGUAUAUUAGUUCUAUGUUUCUUGUGUAUACUAUAUUGGCUGUAACGCUUAUAAAGUGUGCUAAGCCGGGACAUUAUAUGUUUUUACUAAAGUAAAGGUGACUUGAGGCUGGGAAGGAACAUAUAUCAAGUAGAGUACUCUAGAAUGUUAAGAAAGAAUUAAAUUAACUAAUUAGCACUCCGCAGAUGAUUUAGUUGCGACAGGCGGCACCCCGCGACUAUCAUUUGUACUGAUGACCUUUUUUUGUAUUCACACCGCACUUGCAGUGUAGCUGUUUGGUUCUGCACCAGUGCAGUGUGGAAUUUUAAUCACUCGUUAAGCAACAUAGCACUUUAACUUGACUGAAGCAAUUACCAUUUCAGUAUUUGAACAUUGUUCUACUAGUGAACUGCUUUUUAAUGUUUAGUUAAUAGUUAGGGUCUGUUCACACAGACCGGCUCGGAGAGCAUCGGCGCGCAUUUUUCUUUUCACACAGACCGGAUCGUAUACGCUUGGAGUUGGUCGGAGCGGAGUCGUCAACUAUUCCACAUAGACCGGCUAGAAUCGGCCUGAAAGCGGAUGCGCUCGGAGCCGAUCGGAUGUGCUCGCAGCCGGUCGGAUACGCUCGCAGCCGGUCGGAUGCGCUCGCAGCCGGUCGGAUGCGCUCGGAGCCGGUCGGAUGCGCUCGGAGCCGGGUGGAUACACUGCAAAGGCAGUACCAGUAUUCCACGCAGUCCAAGUUUUGUUUUCGGUGUUAACGUGUGCUUUUCGGAACAUGGAUUUAGAUAGCUCCGAUGAAGAAAUAUAUUUGCUAGCAAGAUUGUUUGAAGCUGAACAAAACAAACGAAAGCGCAAGCGAAGACAAAUAUGGGCAAAAAAUAUUUGGAAGAAUCGAUUAAUCCAUGGGGAGUUUCACACCAUUUUCGAGGAAUUGAAGAAUGACAGCCUUAAAUUUUAUGAGUAUUAUCGUAUGGAAUAUUGGCAAUUUUUAAAAUUGACAGAUUUGUUAAGAGUACAUAUAACAAAAACGACUACAAAUUAUCGUUGCACCAUUCCAGCCGAAGAAAGAUUAACGGUAACUUUAAGAUUCCUCAUUACUGGUUGCAGUUUCAAAAACUUGUCAUUUAAUUUCCGAAUGGGAAUUUCUACAGUUCAUUCAAUAAUUCACGAGACAAUCAGAGCAAUUUGUGAUGUUUUGAUGCCCUUAGUUAUGCAGAUACCAGAUGAAGAAAUGUGGGACAAGGUCUCUCGUGAUUUCUUUAAUAUUUGGAAUUUUCCUAACUGUUUGGGCGCUAUAGACGGAAAGCACGUCAGUAUACAGGCACCAGAUAAUAGUGGAAGCUUAUACUAUAAUUAUAAAAAUUUUUUCAGUACAGUGUUACUAGCUGUGGUAGACGCGAAAUACAACUUUUUAAUUGUUGAUGUCGGAUCGUAUGGUAAAAAUAGCGACGGUGGAAUUUUACAAAAUUCAAAAUUUGGAAAAAAACUGAACACUAAUAAGUUAAAGCUGCCCCCAAAUAAACCUCUACCGAAUACCACUGAAAGCUUACCACAUGUUUUCAUAGGAGAUGAAGCAUUCCCUUUGAGCAAUAACAUAUUGCGGCCGUAUCCGAGAGAACAAACAAGAACAGACUUAUCAAAAAAAGUAUUUAAUCUGCGUUUAAGCAGAGCAAGAAAAGUCGUAGAAUGUGCAUUUGGAAUGCUAACUCAAAGAUUUGAGAUUUAUCAAAAACGAAUGAAAAUCCAACCGAAGUACUGUGACUUAAUUAUAUUAGCAACUACAUGUUUACAUAAUUUUUUAAUAGAAAAUCGGACGCCAUCACCAGGACAAGAGAAUGUUCUUCACAGCAAUAUGAAUUUAUUAACAGCGAUAACAGACAAUAAUGAUGAAAAUAGUUCUAAUAUCGACGCAGGUAUAACCAUAAGAAAUAAAUUUAAGGAUUAUUUUUCAGCAAGUGGUGCUUUAGAUUGGCAAGAUCAAGUGGCCACUCGAGUUUCUUAAGUUAUAUUUAAUAAAAAUUGUUCGCUACUUCUUGAGUAGGUAUAUUGUAACGUUCAGAUACUCAAACGAUUUUUACGAGUAAAGUGAGGGUACAUUUAAACUCAUGUUAUUCCUGUUUUGACUUUGAAUUUAACAAGUUACGGCAAAUUAAGAAGCCCUUACUUUAGAAUUCGUUCGAAUAUCUGGAGAUAGGUGUAAAACAAUAAAAUCUUAGUAGGUACUUACCACUUAACCCCACACAUUUGCUUAUUUCCUCCCACGCAUUGUCUUUCAUUACCCGAUCGCUAUACGAUGGCUUGGUUAUGUCAAAUAAACACUCAUAUUUUGACACUAGUAUUAUUAAUUUUUCGUCAGUCAUGUUUUCCUACAAGUGCAUACAACUGUUCCGUUUGAAAACUUCGAACACAAGUGAUUCGAGACACGAUAGAAAUACAAUAGGGGCGCGAAAGCCGGCUGUCGCUUGCUUGUUGAAAGCAAAAUGGCAGUCGGCGUGGUGCGACGGGCACGCAAUCGGAACCGAUCGGCUGCGCGAGCGAGAAAGAGCACGCAAUCGGAGCCGAUCGGCUGCGCGAGCGAGAAAGAGCACGCGAUCGGAACCGAUCGGCUGCGCGAGCAUUAAAGAGCAUGCAAUCGGAGCCAAACGGCUGCACGAUCGAGAAAAAGUACGCGAUCGGAGCCGGUCAGCUCCUCUUAUUAUUUCACACCAAGCGCCUUCAAGCAUUCUUAAUGACAAAAGCUGUGCACAUAAAAAAAUAAACCUUAAUACACAUACUAAAAACUCUGUUUUCAUCGUGAUAAGAAUCUGCUCUCCUCUCCGAGCCGGUCUGUGUGAACGGACCCUUAUACUUACCGUAGAGUCGUUGUGUUGACAAAUUUCUUGUUAUUCAAAAUUCGUCCUUACUUCAAAGCGCACAAUGUACGUUAUUGAAUUUCAUUGUUUGUGUAGAAUGUACUAGCAUGGAAUUUGCAAUACAUUCGUUUAUUUUCAUUGUCAACAAUUUUGGUGCAAUAUUUAAAAUUUUAAUUAAU